UUUGNCCCUCAUCCAGAUGCUCUGCUGCAUGUUGCCACUUCUGCUGCUAAUAGAAGCUUAAGAUUACGAGAUGCUAUUUUGAGCAGCUACCACUAUAAUGAGGUCAAAUUUUCAGAGCUCACUCUUGAUGCCUUCAGGAUGCUUCAGUGCCUAGAAUGGGAACCCAGUGGUUCAUUUUUCCAGUCAAAUAAUAUUAAAAUUGGUCAGAAUGGGGCCCCAGGGCCUAGUCGUGUAAACUACUCUCAGGAUAUUGCUGAUCCUACUUUACCACCUAACCCACGAAAAGCCAUCUUACAUCGUCCAUCUGUGACACAUUUUAUAGCAGUUUUGGCCACAAUUUGUGAGGAGCUACCUCCAGAUGGUGUUCUCUUAAUAUAUUUAUCUGCAUCAGGAAUAGUUGAAAACUGUAUUUCUUGUCCAUCAGGCGUCGAACCUUCUAUGAACACUGGUGAUAACAGUAACAGGAACUUUGAGUCUCAUACCAUUUCCUCAGAUGCCUACUCCACUUCUCCAUCAAGCUCGACAAAUAAUAGCACAAACCCCACCUUACAGCGAAGGAGAGGAGAAUGUUUAUGUUACCAAACUAGCUGUUUGCAGUUUGGUACUCGAGGAAAUGGAGGAUUAAGCUGCAUUUAUCCUUCUGAUAUUAUUCCCUUCACAAGAAGACCACUUUUCAUAGUAAUUGACAGUGAUGGUAGUGAAUCAUUUAAGGCUAUAAGUGGAGCUGAGAAGGGAGAGCCAGCUGCAAUGCUCCUAUCGCCAAGUAGUUCAAUCCUCAUUGCUGGUACUGAUUUCUCUCGCAGCCCAAGUGGUAGCCUAUUUACCAUUUUUCUCACAGCCCCAUUGCAGGCCUUCUGUUUGUUGAUUGGUGUUUCAGGUUCUGAAAUUGAGAUGGAUAAAUAUAAGAAGGCGGAGACGCUUCUUUCUUCAUCAUUGAAUGACUGGGGAUCAACUUUGGCAACAUCAGAUGAUCUUGAUCACGUAUGGGCACAGAUUUUAAGUGAUCCAUUUUUAAGGAGACUUCUUUUGAGAUUCAUAUUUUGUUGGACAGUUUUGACACUGUAUGCACCAACCUUUGAGAAGAAGAAAUUUCAACCGGAGUGUAUGCCUUGUCUUCCAGAGUCUGUGCUCCCAAUGUCGAAGAUAUCUCAAACUGUAGUUCUACAGAUGGCCAACAUAUUUGGUGCAACCAAUAAAUUUAUUUUCUUAGAAGGAACUGUGCUUCCGGAGAGUAGUGAAACAGAACAUUGA